AUGUCUGCCACCACAGCUGCCGCCGCCGCCGCGGCGCCGACAACGAGCUUGCAGCAUGUACAGGGACCUCCCUACCCGCCCCAGGGCGCCGCACUCGGCGGUCGACCAACCACCACCGUCGAUGUCCCCCUCUCCUCCGUCUUCCUGCUCCUCUUCGCCAUCUCCGCCGCCGCCCACAUGACGGUCCUGCAGCGCAACAACCGUCGCGGCCGCAAGUUCCUCCUCUCCGGCGUCCUCUUCGGCUUCUCCAUGGCCCGCAUCGUCGCCAACAUCCUCCGCAUCGUCUGGGCCUGCUACCCGUCCAACCCGAGCAUCGCCAUCGCCGCCUCCGUCUUCGCCAACGCCGGCGUCCUCCUCCUCUUCGUCGUCAAUCUCAUCCUCGCCCAGCGCCUCUUGCGUGCCCACCAGCCCACCCUCGGCUGGAGUCGGCCCCUGCGGCUCGCCUUCAAGCUGCUCUACGCUGCCGUCGCCGCCUGCCUCGUCAUGGUCAUCGUCGCCCUCGUCUGCAGCUUCUACACCCUCGACCCAGAAGCCCUCGGCCGCAUCCGUGACGUUCAGCUCUUCGCCGUCACCUUCCUCGCCGUCCUCGCCUUUCUCCCGCUCCCCAUCACCCUCCUCGCCCUUCUGCUGCCCCGAAAGGAGCCCGUCGACGGCUUCGGCACCGGCAGCAUGCGCACCAAGAUCCUCCUCGUCCUCUCCACCACCGCCCUGCUGUGCUUCGGCGCCGCCUUCCGUGCCGCCGUCGCCUACAUCCGCCGCCCUGCCAACGACCCUGCCUGGUUUCACCACAAGGCCGCCUACUACUGCGUCAACUACACCAUCGAGGUCGUCGUCAUUUACGCCUACCUCUUCUUCCGCUUCGACCGUCGCUUCUGGAUCCCCGACGGCAGCGACCGGCCCGGCGACUACGCACGCCUCGCCCCCGACCACGUCACAGCCGAGAAGAAGGUGGCCGGCAGCGACGACGGCUUCCGUCCCGACACCCGAACGACCGCUGAGCCGAACUAUCCGAGUUUGCAUCGGACCGACGAGCAUGGCGCGGACGAACGUGUAUGA